CAGGGAGUCGCGAAGGAGAAGGAGGAGGUGGAGGAGAGCCAGAGAGCCAAGAGCCAAGAGCGAAGAGCCACGAAGUGGGAAGUAGCAAAAUAGAUAGCCAGCAUGUCCUGGACGGAGAAAGUCGAUCCCGAGCUGAUCUUCACCAAGCAGGAGCGCAUCGGCAAGGGCUCCUUCGGCGAGGUGUUCAAGGGCAUCGACAAUCGCACCCAGCAGGUGGUGGCCAUCAAGAUCAUCGAUCUGGAGGAGGCCGAGGAUGAGAUCGACGACAUCCAGCAGGAGAUCAUGGUGCUGUCGCAGUGCGACUCGCCGUACGUGACCAAGUACUAUGGCAGCUUCCUCAAGGGCACCAAGCUGUGGAUCAUCAUGGAGUAUCUGGGCGGUGGAUCCGCUUUGGAUCUCAUGAAGGCCGGUUCCUUCGAUGAGAUGCACAUCGGCAUCAUAUUGCGCGAGGUGCUCAAGGGCCUCGAUUACCUGCACUCGGAGCGCAAGCUGCAUCGCGACAUCAAGGCGGCCAAUGUGCUGCUCAGCGAGCAGGGCGACGUCAAGCUGGCGGACUUUGGAGUCGCCGGCCAGCUGACCAACACCACCUCCAAGCGGAACACCUUCGUGGGCACGCCCUUCUGGAUGGCGCCCGAGGUGAUCAAGCAGUCGCAGUACGACGCCAAGGCGGACAUCUGGUCGCUGGGCAUCACGGCCAUCGAGCUGGCCAAGGGCGAGCCGCCCAAUUCGGAGCUGCAUCCGAUGCGCGUGCUCUUCCUGAUCCCCAAGAACAAUCCGCCCCAGCUGACGGGCAACUAUACCAAGUCGUUCAAGGAUUUCGUCGAGGCCUGUCUGAACAAGGAUCCCGAGAACAGGCCGACGGCCAAGGAGCUGCUCAAGUACCCGUUCAUCAAGAAGGCCAAGAAGAACGCCUACCUUAUCGACCUGAUCGAUCGCUUCAAGAAGUGGAAGCUGUCCAAGGGCGACGAGAGCGAAACGGAGUCGGAGAACUCGGACUCGGACUCGGAUGCCAAGCAGGGCGGCAGCAGCCAGGACGAGCCCUGGAUCAUGACCGUCAAGGGGCUGCACAUCAACAGUGCUCCGCGUGCCGGCGUCAACAGUUUCCAGCUGCAGGAGCACGAGCUGACCAUGCAGAAGCUAAUGCAGACCACACACUCGCCAGGUGGUCAGCCUGCCGCCUCAGCGUCCUCUGUAUCGGCGUCAGUCUCCUCCUCCUCCGUGUCCGUCAUCACAGCCAGCGAGGCUGUCGCCUCCGCAUCCGCAUCCGCCCUGCCCCCCCAGAACAGCCACAACGUCCACAGCAACCACAGCAGCAGCAACAGCAACAUCAACAACAAUAACAUCAGCAACUUGAGCAACAAGCAUGCCACCAGCACCAUGCUGAAUGCAGCUCCACUGCCGAGCAGCGUUACCAGCUCCUCGUCGGCCAACGAGCUGCAGCAGCAGAAGCGCUCGAGCUCCAAGCCGGAGCUGCGCCAGUCGCGUUCCUCCGGCCCCCUGGAUCAGGUUGAGGAUCGUCGCGCCUCCCUGCAGUCCGCGGUGCCGCUUCCAUCGCCUGCCGAGCAGCAGCAGCAGCGUCGCAGCAGCCAACGUGAAUCAUUCCAUGCAACUAACGCCGCUUUGGCCGCCAGCAGCAGCAGUAGCAACAACCACGGCCACGAGGAGCAUGUGGUGGCCACCAGCCAUGUCAAGCAGCACACUGGGACAACGGGACAACAACGCCAAGUCCAGACGAACAGCGCCUGUCUGAACAACUUCCUCUUCCCCGUGCUGACCGACAUCCAGCGAAAGUAUUCGGGCGGCGGUGGAUCCGGAGGCGGCGGAGGAGGAUCUGGUGGACGCAACCUGGGCGUGGGCAGCGACAUUGGCGACCUGAAGUCCGUAUUCGAGCUGGCCGAACGCUCCAGCCCGGGCGUGAGUGACCUGUUCAUGAAGGAGCUGAUCCACAUGCUCGUUCCGGGAUAUUCGGAGACGCGCAUCAAUACGAUCAUGGACCGAGCCAUACGCAACCGCAAGUAGCUGGCGCCCGUAGCUGUAGCCGUAGCCAAUUCCGAUUCCAAGAAACCUACUUUACUAUAUACACAACAACAUUAUUAACGAGAACGAGACAAGAGCGAAACAUAUUCCGACAUUAAGUGGCCAACGGAGGAGCGGGAGCGAUGUACAUGUAUUUCAAUUGAACAGUUAUUUAAGCAUACAAUAUGUAUUCGUUUGUUUAUCUGCAAUAUUAAUCUAAUGUAAAACAUAUAUAACUUCAGAAUAAAAACCCCACAAAAAU